AUGGACAACAAUGAAAUUGAACGUAUGGAUGAUGACGACGAUGUUCAAAUUUCAGUUGAAGAUAAUGGUGGAAUACCUCAUGAUGAAAUCUCUGUCGAAGCUACUGAUGAUACACUUGAUAUUUCAAUCUUGCCGGAACCUAUAAAUCAAGAAGACGUGCAACGACGAACGUUUUCUCAUUGGCCACAUCGCUCUCCCGAAUUUAUUAAUCAAAUGAUAGAAGCUGGCUUUUAUGGAUGUAAUGUGGGUGAUCGUGUUAUUUGCCUCGAAUGCGAUCUUGUCGUACAAUGUUGGAGACCUCAUAUCGAUGAUCCAUGUGAUGUUCAUCGAAGACAUUCACCUAAUUGCAAAUAUGUAAGGUCAAAACUAUUAGGACUUAUAACGGGCCCAUCAUCAUCUCCACCACCACCACCACCACCUCCGCCACCAAUGUUUGUGAUCGUUUUCAGUUCAACAGUAAAUCCUGCCCUACAAAUAAAAAAUGCAUCACAUAAUAUGUAUCUCCACCAACUUGAAGGAAUGGUACCAAAACAAGGGCAGCGCCCUGAUUAUGCAGAAAUUUCAAAGCGGGUGGAAUCAUUUACCAGACGGUCUUAUCAAACGUCUCCAUCUGCUCAGAAUUUUGCUCGUGCAGGAUUUUUCUAUACCGGUGUAAAAGAUAUUGUCACUUGUUUUUACUGCAACGGAACUUUACAAAACUGGGGUGCCAGUGAUAAUGCAAUGAUUGAGCAUGCCCGUUGGUUUCCAGGUUGCGGCUAUGCUCAUCAAUUAUGUGGGAACGAUCUACAUCGAGCAAUUCAAGAGGCACAGCGUCGACAAAGUGAAACCGCAAGUAAUAUGUACCAACUUGGGAAUUUAGCUAGUAGAUCAGAUGCGAGUAAUUUGACUAUCAAUAGGCUUUUAACCAUACCUGACGAGAGCACUUUAAGUCGAUUGGUUGCUGCUCGAUUGGACUUAUCGAUAUCGUGCAGAUUAAUAGACGAAGGUUUCAAGUUGUCCAUUAUUAAACGAUGCUGGGAGGAUCAAUUGAAAAUUAAGGAGCAGGACUUCGUCUCAGUAGCCGAUAUUCGGAUUGCUUGUUCAAUUGUUGAAAAACAAACUGAACGAAUUGCUGGUAAUAAGAAAAGUAUUCUAAUACUUCACGAUAGCAUGGGACAAGUCCAACAAAAUACAGCUCAUUUCCACCAAGUGUUACAGAGACAAUCGACUCAAAGGAACAGAACUGGAUCAAGUAAUCGUUUGUCUGAGACAACAGUGCCGUCAACAACGCCAUCAAUGACGGAAACAACAGUCAACAAUGAAGCAGUAGAUGCGCCAAGAAACACCGACGAAUCGUUGAACUUAUGCAUUAUCUGUCUGUCAGAAGAGAAACGAUUAGCCUUUAUACCAUGUGGGCAUCUCGUCGCAUGUGUUCCUUGUGGUUACUCACUGAAAACGUGUCCCAUGUGUAGAGCGAACAUCGAUGCAUUUUCACAACGUAUCGUGAUUAUGACUGUCGAUUCCAGUGUUCUCGCUCAAAGUACUACGCUGGGAACGGCACUAUCAAGUAUUUCUAUUGAUCGUUUAACGAACUGUUCUUAUAUGAAUUUAUGUUUUUUAUAUAUUUUACUCCGGUUCGAUAAUUUAAAUGCUGUGAAUUGUAACCAGGUGCCGUAA